AUGCUGAAUUGGGGAAGAAAGGCUGCGCUCCAUGCUAGGGUUCCGGCGGGCAAGCUGCUGGAUUGGAGCGCCGCUUUCUCGUCAGGCCCCAAACUGUUCGUCGGAGGCCUGUCCUAUGACACCAAUGAAGUUGCUCUCAAGGAUGCGUUCUCUCAGCAUGGCGAUGUUAUCCAAGUCAAAGUGAUAUGCCAUCCUGUGACCGGGCAAUCAAAAGGAUACGGUUUCGUCAAGUUCUCCUCGGAAAAAGAAGCUGCUGCGGCAUUGGAGAAGAUGAGCGAUGAGGUGCUUGAUGGGAAGAACAUACGGGUGCAUUUUGCAAACAGUGGAUGA